AUGGAACCGUUUGUUGUUCAAUUUAACAAUAAAAAACUAAGAUUAUGUGAAGAUGAGCCUGGGGAACUUUAUGUUGCUGACACACCCAAUAAAGCAUGCAAUUCUCAAAGUACAUUGCCUGUUCAAAACGAGUGUCAUAUUUUCAAUGGAAAAUUUUUCAAAUUGGUCGAAGGUGAUGGUAAUAAUAUUGGUGCUCAGUCAACAUUGCCCAAAGAUUAG